CUGCAGCAGAGUCCGGCGCUUUUACACGUUGCACCUUGUAGCUUUCGGCGUGUUUAGCGUGUUUGAGGCGACCAGGCAAGCGCAUUGAGUGGUAGACCGGCUGAACUGGGAAGAUGGCGACGCUCUGUCUGACCGUGAAUACCGGGGACCCUCCGUUGGGAGCUUUGCUGGCAGUAGAACAUGUGAAAGACAAUGUCAGCAUUUCUGUUGAGGAAGGGAAAGAGAAUAUUCUUCGUGUGUCUGAGAAUGUGGUUUUCACGGAUGUCAACUCCAUACUCCGCUACUUGGCGAGAGUUGCAACAACAGCUGGGCUCUAUGGCACCAACCAGCUGGAACAUACCGAGAUUGAUCACUGGUUGGAGUUUAGUGCUACAAAGUUGUCUUCAUGUAGUCUGUUUACCUCUGCAGUCAACGAGCUCAAUCUCUGCCUGUCUCUGAGAACAUAUUUAGUUGGAAAUUCCUUGAGCUUAGCAGAUUUUUGUGUUUGGGCCACCCUAAAAGGAAGUGCUGCGUGGCAGGAACAGCUGCAGCAGCAUGGCGCUCCAGUGCAUGUGAAGCGCUGGUUUGGCUUUCUUGAAGCCCAGGAGGCUUUCCAGUCAGUAGGUACCAAGUGGAAUGCUUCAGCGACCAGAGCUAAAGUGGCACCUGAGAAAAGGCAAGAUGUUGGGAAAUUUGUUGAACUUCCAGGAGCAGAGAUGGGAAAGGUUACUGUCAGAUUUCCUCCAGAGGCUAGUGGUUACUUACACAUUGGGCAUGCAAAAGCUGCUCUUCUGAACCAGCACUACCAGGUUAACUUUAAAGGGAAACUGAUCAUGAGAUUUGAUGACACAAAUCCUGAAAAAGAAAAGGAAGAUUUUGAGAAGGUUAUCUUGGAAGAUGUUGCAAUGUUGCAUAUCAAACCAGAUCAAUUUACUUAUACCUCGGAUCAUUUUGAAACUAUAAUGAAAUAUGCAGAGAAGCUAAUUCGGGAAGGGAAGGCUUACGUGGAUGAUACGCCUGCUGAGCAGAUGAAAGCAGAACGUGAGCAGAGGGCAGAAUCGAAGCACAGGAAAAACUCUAUUGAGAAGAAUCUACAAAUGUGGGAAGAAAUGAAAAAAGGGAGCCAGUUUGGCCAGUCGUGUUGUUUGCGGGCAAAAAUUGACAUGAGCAGUAAUAAUGGCUGUAUGAGGGAUCCAACACUUUAUCGCUGUAAAAUUCAACCUCACCCAAGAACUGGAAAUAAAUACAAUGUUUACCCAACAUAUGACUUUGCCUGCCCCAUAGUGGACAGCAUUGAAGGUGUCACCCACGCCCUGAGAACGACAGAAUACCACGACAGAGAUGAGCAGUUCUAUUGGAUUAUUGAAGCUUUAGGCAUAAGGAAGCCGUAUAUUUGGGAAUAUAGUCGACUAAAUCUCAACAAUACAGUGCUGUCCAAACGAAAGCUCACAUGGUUCGUCAAUGAAGGCCUGGUUGAUGGAUGGGAUGACCCCAGGUUUCCUACUGUCCGUGGUGUCCUGCGCAGAGGAAUGACCGUUGAAGGACUGAAGCAGUUUAUUGCUGCUCAGGGCUCCUCACGCUCAGUUGUGAACAUGGAAUGGGACAAAAUUUGGGCAUUUAACAAAAAGCUGCGAGCUCUCUGUAAGAAGGUUAUUGAUCCAGUGGCGCCACGGUUUGUUGCAUUGCUGAAGAAAGAAGUGAUCCCAGUGAGCAUCCCUGAAGCUCGGGAGGAGAUGAAAGAAGUAGCCAAACACCCAAAGAAUCCCGAUGUUGGCUUGAAACCUAUCUGGUAUAGUCCUAAAAUUUACAUAGAAGGUGCUGAUGCUGACACGUUGUCAGAGGGUGAAAUGGUGACUUUUAUAAACUGGGGCAACAUCAACAUCAACAAAAUACACAAAAACGCGGAUGGAAAAAUUGUAUCUCUUGAUGCAAAACUGAAUUUAGAAAACAAAGACUACAAGAAAACUACAAAGAUCACGUGGCUGGCUGAGACCACACAGGCCCUUCCUAUCCCGGCAAUUUGUGUCACAUAUGAGCACUUGAUCACAAAACCAGUGCUAGGAAAAGACGAGGACUUUAAGCAAUAUGUCAAUAAGAACAGUAAGCGUGAAGAACUAAUGCUGGGGGAUCCCUGCCUAAAGGAUUUGAAGAAAGGAGACAUUAUACAACUCCAGAGAAGAGGAUUCUUCAUAUGCGAUCAGCCUUAUGAACCUGUUAGUCCAUACAGUUGCAGAGAAGCCCCAUGUGUUUUGAUAUACAUUCCUGAUGGGCAUACAAAGGAAAUGCCAACAUCUGGGUCGAAGGAGAAGACCAAAGUAGAAACAAAAAAUGAGGAAAGGCCUGAGUCAUCUUCAACUAACCUUGGUGCUACGUGUGAGGAUUCCUUGGUUCUUUACAACCGAGUGGCUCUUCAAGGGGAUGUGGUUCGAGAAUUAAAAGCUAAGAAAGCAGCAAAAGAAGAUAUAGAUGCAGCCGUCAAAGAGCUUUUGACUUUGAAAGCUGAAUAUAAGGAGAAAACUGGCCAGGAAUAUAAACCUGGGAGUCCUCCAGCUGCCGCAGCUCAGGACGCUCCUUGUAAACCAUCAGCAAGUGCCCUGGAUAGUAAAUCUCUGUAUGAUGAAGUUGCUGCACAAGGGGAGGUGGUUCGUAAACUGAAAGCUGAAAAGGCCCCCAAGGCUAAAGUAAGUGAAGCCGUAGAAUGCUUACUCUCCUUAAAAGCUCAAUAUAAAGAAAAAACUGGGAAAGAUUACAUACCUGGUCAGCCCCCAGUGUCUCAAACUCCACCUUCAAGUCUAACCAACAACAACUCUAAGCCCGUUGGUCCGGAAACCCCAGAAGCCAAAGUGCUUUUUGACAAAGUAGCUUCUCAAGGAGAAGUAGUUCGAAAACUUAAAGCUGAAAAAGCCUCUAAGGAUCAGGUAGAUACUGCUGUACAAGAGCUCCUUCAGUUGAAAUCACAGUACAAGUCUCUGACAGGAGUGGAGUAUAAGCCUGUCUCUGCCACUGGGACUGAGGACAAAGAUAAGAAGAAGAAGGAAAAAGAAAACAAAUCUGAAAAGCAGAAUAAAUCACAGAAACAAAAUGAUGGCCAAAAGAAAGAGCCCUCUAAAAACCAAGGAAGUGGGCCGUCGUCAGGUGGAUCAGGAGAAGGGCAGGGGCCUAAGAAACAGACCAGGUUGGGUCUUGAGGCAAAAAAAGAAGAAAAUCUUGCAGAUUGGUAUUCUCAAGUCAUCACAAAGUCAGAAAUGAUAGAAUAUUAUGAUGUAAGUGGCUGCUAUAUUCUUCGGCCCUGGGCAUUUUCCAUUUGGGAAUCCAUCAAGGACUUUUUUGAUGCUGAGAUCAAGAAGCUUGGUGUUGAAAACUGCUAUUUCCCCAUGUUUGUAUCUCAAGGUGCAUUAGAGACAGAGAAGACUCACAUUGCUGACUUUGCCCCUGAGGUUGCUUGGGUUACAAGAUCUGGGAAAACAGAAUUGGCAGAACCAAUUGCCAUUCGUCCUACUAGUGAAACAGUAAUGUAUCCCUCAUAUGCAAAAUGGGUGCAGUCACACAGAGACCUACCCAUCAGGCUCAAUCAGUGGUGCAACGUGGUGCGUUGGGAAUUCAAGCAUCCUCAGCCUUUCCUACGUACUCGAGAAUUCCUCUGGCAGGAAGGGCACAGUGCAUUUGCAACAUAUGAAGAAGCAGCAGAAGAGGUUUUGCAAAUACUUGACUUAUAUGCUCAAGUAUAUGAAGAUCUCCUGGCAAUUCCCGUUGUAAAAGGAAGAAAGACUGAGAAGGAGAAAUUUGCAGGAGGAGACUACACCACGACAUUGGAAGCAUUUAUAUCUGCUAGUGGCAGAGCUAUCCAGGGGGCCACAUCACAUCAUUUAGGACAGAACUUUUCCAAAAUGUUUGAAAUCAUAUUUGAAGACCCAAAAGCACCAGGAGAGAAGCAAUUUGCCUAUCAGAACUCCUGGGGCUUGACCACUCGAACUAUUGGUGUUAUGACCAUGGUUCAUGGGGACAACAUGGGUUUAGUGUUGCCACCUCGUGUCGCCUGUGUUCAAGUGGUGGUUAUUCCUUGCGGCAUUACAAAUGCACUUGCAGAAGAAGACAAGGAAGCUCUGAUAGCAAAAUGCAAUGAGUAUCGAAGGCGGUUACUCAGUGUUAAUGUUCGUGUUAGAGUCGAUUUGCGAGACAAUUAUUCACCAGGUUGGAAGUUCAAUCACUGGGAGCUCAAGGGCGUUCCGAUUAGACUUGAAGUUGGGCCACGUGAUAUGAAGACCUGUCAGUUUGUAGCUGUCAGACGAGAUACUGGGGAGAAGUUGACAGUUGCUGAACAUGAGGCUGAGACUAAACUUCAAGCUCUUUUGGAAGACAUCCACAUUAGCCUUUUCACAAGGGCUUCUGAAGACCUUAAGGCUCAUAUGGUUGUGGCGAAUACAAUGGAAGAGUUUCAGAAGGCACUAGAUUCUGGAAAGAUCGUGCAGAUUCCAUUCUGUGGGGAGAUUGACUGUGAAGACUGGAUCAAAAAGACUACUGCCAGGGAUCAAGAUCUUGAGCCUGGUGCUCCAUCCAUGGGAGCAAAAAGCCUUUGUAUCCCCUUCAAACCACUUCAUGAGCUGCAGCCUGGAGCCAGGUGUGUCUGUGGCAAGAACACAGCCAAGUACUACACCUUGUUUGGUCGUAGCUACUGAAGGAGAAUUGAGACCACAUCGCCAUCCCGAAUAACUUUUUUAAAAAAUUGAUGAACUAAUAUCUUCCCAAAUACAAUUUUAUGAUUUUUUUUUUUUUAAAUAAUAGUUGUAAAAGGAAGUCACAUGAGACAAACACCUGUUCUUAUGCUUAAAUUAACUGUGGGGAAAAGGAGUUUUCUGUCAACAACCCUGGUAAUAAAUCAUGAAUCAAUA